AUGUGUAAUUACGGUUUCCCUAUUACCGUUUUUGAAUUAAGGUGCAUUGUAAAAUGUAUCUCGACAGAACAGAACGUUAAGGUAAGUCACAAAAAUGAACUAUCUCAAAGGUUUUGUUCUAAUAUAAAGAGGGUGAGAGCAGCUGUAGACGAUGAGCAGAUUCGGACGUAUUUUGAGCAUUUGAAGACUGAAAUUCAAGGAGUUCCAGCCGAAAAUGUUUAUAAUUAUGAUGAAACCAACUUUGUUGACGAACCAAGCAAUAAAAAAGUGCUUAUGAAGCGUGGAUGUAAAUAUCCAGAAGCUAUAAAAAAUUCAACGAAAGCAGCCGUUAGUUUAAUGAUAUGUGGCAAUGCUGCUGGAGAAAUUUUACCACCUUAUGGAAACUACAAGUCAAACAAAAUGUGGAGCACGUGGACAAAGGGUGGGCCACCUGGCACUCGUUACAAUCGGUCAAAGUCCGGUUGGUUUGACACUAGUACAUUCGAGGAUUGGUUCUUUUCAUUGGUUCUGCCCACUUUACGUAGGCAAGAAGGGAAGAAGCUUCUCAUUGGGGACAACUUAAGUUCUCAUAUAAAUAUGGAAGUUUUAAAGGCAUGCAAGUCUCAUAAUAUCGCAUUUGUGGCUUGA